AUGGCGAUUUCGAAUUUCAGCCCCAUGGCCAGCCCCAGCCCCAGCGGACCCGCCGCCGCUGCCAGCGCACUGACGCCAAUGGCGAUGUUGGCCACACUCCUCAAGACUGCGAACGCGAUGGCUGCGAACAUAAAAGCCCUCCCAGUGCCCUCUUGCAAUGUCCCACCUCCAGUAUCAACACCAACCCAUAAAAUUGGCCGCGAAAUCGCGGCGCCAAGCAUCGACCUCCCGCUCCCGCCGCCGGCGACCGACAAGCUCCUGCGUCUCGGGCUGCCCGCGCCGGUCGCCGAAGAGCUCUCUGCGCGGCACCAGGCCGCCGCCAAACAGCUGCACAUAAGCUCGCAGGCGGAGUACAGCCAGGCCUGUCGCCGACUCGAAGGGGAGCCCAACUCGCAGUCUUUCGUGCUCAGGGCCGUGUCCGAGCACCAGCUCGCCUAUACGCAGGGCCUGAAGCGGCUGGAGGACGCCAUGUUGACUCGCGCGCAUAGCGUCAAGUCCGCCAUGGCCAAGAAAGACGACUUUAACUAUGACUUUCUCCCCGUACUGAUUGCGACCUAUUCGCGGAAUCCCAAGCCGAGCCGGGCGGACCAGCUCGUUCUCGCAAAGAAAUCAGGCAUGUCGCGGCGCCAGAUCGAAGUCUGGUUCCAAAACCACCGUGCGCGCGAGAAGAAACGCGCCGUAUCCCGUGGCAGCGCCGGUAUCGACGACGAGGACGCUAUCCGCCGCAUGGAGGCCCAACUACCCAGCGUCUUCCUCGUCCCGCCACACCUGCGCCAAGACACAUCCCCCGGCGGCUAUGAUCCGGUUAUUCCCUUCUUUGGCGACGGCUUCGGCGCCGGCGUUGUCCCCAGCGACGACGACGAUGACGACGAGGAAUGGGACGAGCCCCCGACGAGCGACGCCGAAGACGACGCCGAGAUGACGCCGCCGCUCGAUCUGAUGCGCGUCCUCCCAGAUGCAGCACCAAUCCCGUCCUUCGUCGAGCUCUGCCGCACAGCAUCCACAUCCACAUUUUCCUUCCCCGCACCCUGUUGGAGACGCACCCCUUCCUCUUCUUCUAACCCCGUGACGCCCAUCGACUUCCCCGCGAUCGCCGAAGCAUUCGCUGGCCUGCACAUACGCGGUCCGGCGCCGCCGGCCCGGUCUUCUCCGCCACCCCCUGCUGCGCGCCACGCGCACCCCCAGCGCUGUGCCCCAGCCUCGGCGCAGUGGCCCCACCGGCCUGUCCCUCGCUUCGGCUGCGCGUCCCUCGGACUCCGCACGCGCCGCCCCGCGCCGUAUGUGUGCGGCCCCCGGGCGAUGCCGGGCUGGACCGCGGCGCUUGCCCGGAUGCGCGUGGGUCCUUGUGCGGCCGGCGCCGGCCCGGGCUUGGACGGGGUGGCGAAGCGGCAGCGGUGUUGA